ACCCGUCGUUUAACAACACCCUCAACCAACUCAAAUGCACAAACAGCUGCGACAAAUGUCUACAUAACAAACAUACAUGCACUCAUUCCCUCCUUCCAUAAAAAAACAAUGCACACAAAAUCCGACUCAGACUUAACAAGCCUCGAAGCAACCUCCCCAAAGCACCCUCUCUACUACGUCCAAUCCCCCUCUGCUCAUGAAGCCGAGAAGAUGUCAUUCGGGUCAAGCCCAUUCGGGUCACCCGGUCACCACUACCACUCCUCGCCCAUUCACCACUCCCGAGAAUCCUCCACUUCCAGAUUCUCGGCUUCGUUGAAGAACACGGCUAGAAAUAACGGCUACUGGAAGAGGCUGCAGCGAGUUGGCGACUCAGUGGAGGAGGAAGUUGAUGAAGAGGAUGUUAGACAGAAGAAGGCGAUCAAGAGGUUCUAUGUUGUGUGUUUUGUUUUGUCGUUUGUUGUCUUGUUCUCGGUCUUCUCGUUGGUUUUGUGGGCUGCCAGUACUUCUUACCCUCCUGAGAUUUAUGUCAAGAGGUUGGUGUUUGAGAGAUUUAAUGUACAAUCGGGGAUGGAUAUAUCGGGAGUGCCAACGGAUAUGUUGAGUAUCAAUUCGACGGUCAAGAUUUUCUACAGAAACACAGGCACAUUUUUCGGAGUUGAUGUUAAAAUCGCACCUAUUCAACUUUGGUAUUACCAGCGAAAUCUUGCUCAUGGACUUAAGGUGAAGUUUCAUCAACGUCGAAAGACUCAGCGGACCAUAAUAACAAGUGUUUCCGCAUACCAGCUUCCUUUGUAUGGUGCAGUUCCUGGUCUUAGUUCCAGAAAUGGCGGACAUGACAAUAUAUCUUUGCCACUGAACUUAACUAUUGGCGUAAGGUCGAGGGCCUACGUGUUGGGAAAACUCGUGAAGCCGAAGUUUUACCGGACCAUCAGAUGUCAAGUCACUCUACAUGGCAGCAAACUAGGCAAGCCGGUAAAUCUGGCAAAUGCUUGUGUUCAUCUAAACUGAUCUUUCAUUAUAUAGAAACUUUUAUAUGUGGCUAGAUUUUCUUUUAAUGUUUUCUGGUUUGGAUGCAUAUGUGAAGAUUCACCGUACAUCACUAGUUUUCAUCACAUAUACAUUCCUGUAGUCAGUGUAUUUGAAAGUUUUGUGCAAUUUAAUAGCAUUUGGCUCAACGGGGCAUCUGAUUUUAUCUUGAGGUUUGCAGAUAUGACAAUACUAAAGAAUAUGUAUAAGCAAACUUAUAGUUAGGAGAAUUGUUGAUCUAUGUUUACCAUAUCCGACAUGCCUAAAUUGAAAUUUAGUGGCUCCAUUGUGGAAAUCUUGGUGUAGUAGAAAGUAUAUGAACUUGUUCAUUCCAUUAUCAUCACUUGUAUUUA